AUGUCCGCUGCCGGAAUAUGUGGAGAGGCGACUGUACGUACAACAGUGGAGGCGAUAAGCGUGUUUAUAUUAUGUGAUUUCGGACAUAAGGACAUCAAUGCGUUGGCCACGGUUACGGGAAAGCCUUUGCAUCAGGGUGGAAUCCGCGGAAGGACCGAAGCGACAGGAAGAGGAGUGUUCAUCGCAACCAAUUGCUUUGUAAGGGAAAAGGAAUGGAUGAAUGCGAUCGGGUUGGAACCGGGGAUGGAAGGAAAAACGGUGAUCAUCCAGGGGUACGGAAACGUAGGAAUGUACGCGGCGCAUUUCUUCAAGCAAGCUGGCUGUAAGGUGAUCGGGAUCAAGGAGGCGGAUGUUUCGUUGAUGAAUGACGAAGGGAUCGAUGUUGGAGAGCUGGCAAGCUAUAAGAGAUUGAACAACUCCAUCAAGGGAUUCAAAGGAGCGAAGGAGACCAAGGAAGACCUGCUCUUACAUCCAUGUGACAUUCUGAUCCCGGCAGCGGUUGAGAAGUCGAUCAAUUCGGACAACGCUGCCAAGAUCCAAGCCAAGAUCAUUGCGGAAGGAGCUAACGGGCCAACGACCCCAGCGGCGGAUGCGAUUCUCCAAAGUCGCAAAAUUCUCGUCAUACCGGAUCUGUACUGUAACGCCGGAGGCGUCACGGCUUCCUACUUUGAAUACCUCAAGAACAUCAACCACAUUUCGUUCGGGAAGCUGUCGUUCCGCCAGGAGUCGCAAAAUUUGAGGGAAGUAUUGAAAUCAGUCGAAGAAUCCCUAAAAGAAGCCGGGGUUUGCGUCAAUUUGAAACCAACGGAAGCCCUGAAACACUACCUGGACAGUGCCAGUGAGGCAGAUGUCGUGGCCUCCGGGCUCAAGUUUGUGCUCGAAACGGCAGGGCAUGGAAUUAUGACUGUCGCAAAUCAGUAUCAGCUUUGCUUGGAUGUGCGAACUGCGGCUUACAUUUGGUCGGUGGAGAAGAUCUUCAAAGCUUAUGAAGGCGCAGGACUGUCUAUGUAA